AUGGACACACCCGAGCCUGGCGCACCUGUACGGCGCGACGAGCGCGUGACCGAGGCGGGCACCGAGUACCUGCUGGUGCUGUCGCACGUGCCGCAGGGCACCGUGCACGACUUCCUCUGCCAGAACACGCUGCAGUUCCAGCAGAUGUGCCGCAUGGCCAUGACGGCCGUCAGCGGGCUGGCGCACCUGCACACGCCCAUCGAGCGCAGAGGCCUCGUCAAGCCGGCCGUGGCGCACAGGGACGUCAACAGUCGCAACAUCCUGGUGCGAGCCGACGGCUCCUGCUGCAUCUGCGACCUCGGCUUCGCCAUGAAGAUCAGCGGCGGACGGUACUUCACCAACGGCGAGGAACAGAACGCCGAAACUACCUCGCUGACAGACGUGGGCACGCUGCGGUACAUGGCGCCCGAAGUGCUGGAGGGGGCGCUGAACCUGCGCGAUUGCGAGACCUCGCUCAAGCAGGUGGACAUGUACGCCAUGGCGCUGGUGCUCUGGGAGAUGGCUACGCGCUGCGCCGACCUCUACCAGGGCCUGGACGUGCCGCAGUACCGGCUGCCGUUCGAGGCCGAGAUCGGCUCGCACCCGUCGUUCGACCAGAUGCAGGUACUGGUGGCGCGCAAUCGCGCCCGCCCGCUCUUCCCCGACGUCUGGAAGGAGACGAACCCGGCGCUGCGCCAGCUACGCGAGACCAUCGAGGACAGCUGGGACCAGGACGGCGAGGCGCGCCUGACUGCGCUCUGCAUGCUCGAGCGCAUCACCGAGCUGCCGCUGCUCUGGGAGCGCUACAAGGGUAACCUGGGCAUGACAAACCCGCUGCCGACGCUGAACCUGGUGAGCCAGCAGCCGGAGCCGGACAAGGUCAAGUCGGAUGUGAACGUGACGAACGCGGACGCGCACGACACCGACCUGUCGGAGGCCACGGCCGAGACGCUGCUCACCCUGUCGCCGGAUCAGGAGAUGAACCUGCGCAACUCUCAGCUGUCCGGGCCGCAGUACGCCUCUCAGAUCCAGCCGCACCAGGGUCGCAACCCGUGCAUCGAGCGCAACCUGGCCAGCGCAGAGUCCUCCGACUACCUGGUGGACGGCAACACGCUGGUGGAGCGGACGGCGCGGCCGCAGCACGGGCUCACGCCUGCGCCAAACGGCGUCGUGCCGGCCGAGUGGCAGGCGCUGCUGCCGCCGGUCGGCAUCGCGCGUCAUGUUCAUGGCUCGCCAUGCAUCAGUCAGCUGCGAGACACGCCGGUGUUCGUCACGCCGGCCGACCUCUAG